AUGGCGGAUGGUAAUCUAUGGCGUGACCGAAAUAAAGUGUUUGUUGCAGGUUUGCCACCACAUGUGGACGACAAUGCACUGUACGACCGAUUCAAGUCAUUUGGUCCAAUGCAUCAAACUAAAGUAGUGUACGACCAAACGACAGGUCGUUCACGUGGGUUCGGUUUUCUUACAUUUAGUGACUACACUAACGCUCUCGAUGCUGUGGACCAAAUGAACCAAACAAAAUGGGACCAUCGGAUUUUAAAUGUGCGAUUUUUGCAACCAAAAACACCAAUGCAAAAUGAGUCAAUGCCCAUUUCGAAACCACAAAAAGUCAUUGGUCCUCGCCCUGAAAAUUGUACGACCAUUUAUGUUGGGAAUUUGGCUUAUGAUAUUACAGAGGAAGUGGUACGUAAAGUAUUUGACAAUUGUGGCAGUAUUCGUGCCAUUCGAUUUGCCGAACAUAUUCAAACAAAAGAAUUUCGAGGCUUUGCGUAUGUCCAAUUUCAUGAAGAAGCAGCAUGUGAAGCAGCUAUGCAAUUGGAUGGGAUGAUUGUCAUGGGACGACCGAUGAAUGUUGACUAUGGAGUUCGAGAUGAAGGGUACACUCAAGCACGCGAAGAGUUGCAAAAAAAAUUGAAAAAAGGAAUUUGCCAUAAAUUUCAAUCGGGAAAGUGUACUCGUGGCGACGCGUGUAAAUUUGCACAUGUCAUGCAAGAUCAAGAUGCAGAAGAGUUGGUACAAGUUAAACAAUCACAAGUCGAACAUAUUGUUUCAUCAGAGGCAAACGAUGCCCCGAUUUGCAUUAAUUUUCAAAAGGGAAAAUGCAAACGUGGGCAAACAUGCAAAUUUCAGCAUUUGCAAGAAUCUGCAAAGGUUGAAAAAGUUGUGGUUGACGAGACAAAUCCAACGUGUGGGGAGACUGAGGUACCAGUGUGCCAGAAUUACCAGAAAGGCAAGUGUAAACGUGGUCAAUCGUGCCGCUUUCGCCAUGUUGCUGCAAUUAUAGAGCAGAUACAAAAAGUCGAAGAUCCGGUGCGUGUUGCAUUGCCAGUUGCUGCAGUUGCUCAAGUGGCAAUUUGCAGAAAUUUUCAGAAAGGAAGUUGCUUGCGUGGUACAUCGUGUCGAUUUGCACACACACAAUUAGUAGAAGCAACUUUGGAAACAGCAGUGGAGGAAGUGAGUGAAUACCAAAAGCGUUUUCAAAGUGUAUGCUACAAUUGGCAACGUAGUAAAUCGUGUGACCGAGGCGAGAAGUGUCCAUUUCAACACGAUGGGGCUAUUCGGUUGUUUGAUGAAGACGGGACGACUGCAGAAGAAAAGACGGAAAAAGGUAAAGAGAGUAAGAAACGAUUGCUUGCUGAUGACGUGAAGAUUGAGAAGAAGCAAAAGAAACGCAAAAAGGACAAGAAAGAGAGGAAACACGCAAAGAGUGACUAG